AUGGCACAUGGUUAUCUAAGCUCCAACGAGAAUUCAGGGAUGGAAGAAGAAGAAAAAGGUGGUGAAUACUUCAACUACUUAGCAUCUCGUUGUUUUUUCCAAGAUUUUCUUAAUGAUUACAAUGGUAAUAUAAUCGCAUGUAAGAUGCAUGACAUGGUGCAUGAUUUUGUCCAAUAUUUGAAAAAAGAAGAAAUUGUGGCAGUGGAGGUUGACAAAAAUAAAAAUGGGAUGAUGGAUGUAUCUUCCAAAAAGGCUCAUCAUUUGAGGGUAAAGAUUGCAGAAGGGGAUCAAUUUCCUGUGUCUAUAAAAGGCAUAGAGAAACUACGGAGCCUAGUAGUUGAUAGUGAAGAGUGUGAUGUAACUGGUGAAGCCUUGCAAGCCUUCUUCAAGGGAGCGAAAUGUCUAAGAUUAUUGGAUUUUGUGAUGGAGGGGUCUAGUUUUGUAAAUGUAAAAGAAAUUCCAAAUGAAAUAGGGAAAUUAAUUCAUCUGAGAUACCUUAAUUUGAGUGGCAGUGUGAAUUUAAAAGAAUUGCCUGAAGGAGUGUGUGAAUUGCAUAAUUUGCAGUUCUUGAAUCUCGGGAAUUGUUAUGGUCUUGAGAAACUACCGGAUGGUAUGGGGAAAUUAAUCAACCUGAGGUAUUUUAAUUCUUCGAAUUGUUAUAGGCUACAAUAUUACCCAAAAGGGAUUGGGAGAUUAACUUCUCUCAGGGAAUUACACAUAAUCAGAGCGAGAGUAGAUGGCAAAGACGCAGCUAAAGAAUUCAGUGUGGGAGAUUUGGAAAACUUGGACGACCUUCGUGGAUAUCUUUCGAUAGAUCUGGUGGGAAAUGUGGUAGAUGUGGAAGAGGUUAGGAGAGCCAAACUUCACAACAAGAUACAUCUUGACAGGCUGUUUCUAUACUUCACGAGGCGUGGAGAGAUAAAUCCUAAUGACAUCAUUCAAGCCUUAAAUCUACCUCCUUCCUUUGACAUAUCGGUGGGAGAAGGGUUAAUCAGGUAUGGGAAUUUCUCUUUCGACCCAGGUUCAAAAUUUGUUUACUUUUACGCUUUAGAUCUUGAAAAUGUGACAGCCGUCAAGAUUAAUGGGACGGUGAAGGGGAAGCUUACGUUUGUGAAUUGGUCUCUUGAGUUUUUGGUACAGAAGGAAAAUUUGACGUUUCUAGGAAAUUUGGUGGCGUCUGUAUUGCAUUCUAGUAGUUCAAGGGAGGGGCGUUGGAGGCAGAAUUCAUCUUCAGGGGACUCUCAUUACGGGCAUCCUCAGUUGUCAUAUGGUCAAGAAAGCCAGAGUUACGUGCCUCACCAUAGCUAUGCCUCCCCACAGUAUCAUCCACCUUCUCAACAAGAGCCGCGGUAUUAUCCACAUUCACAAGACCAUGGCAGUGAUAAAAGGACGUUAGACAGUAGGUAUUCAAGAAUUGCAGACAAUUAUAAGCCUGAACCGGAAUCGAAUCGAAAUUGA